AUGGCCCCUCCUCCUCCCACCCCGCAGUUGCCGGUGCUGAAGCAGCCGGGCCCCGCACAGCCCAGGAAGCGGGGCGCGCCGUCCAUCUCGGCGCCCCUGGGCGACUUCUGGCACACGCUGCACGUGGGGCGCGGCGGCAACGCCCUCGGGGACACCACGUUCCUGAGCCGCCACGGGGGUGCGCCGCCCCCCGCGCCUGCCUUCCCCUCAGCCGCGCGCGCACGCCGACCCACUGCUGUCCUUACACCUGGCCCUGGCCCCUCCAUGCUGGACGCGGUGCUGGGGGUCAUGGACGCCGAGCGUGCGCAGGCCCCGGGCCAAGCUGCGGGGGAACGAGCUGGGGAGCUCCGCAGAGCUUCAGGGACGAGCUUCAGGGGUGUGGUCCGGCGGGGAGGUUUUGAACCUGAGACGUGCGAAGGGAAGGAGGUGGCGGCUGCAUCCCCAGCCUGGGAACGAAGUCCAGCCUGA